UGUUGCAGUCAGCUGAGACACACUAACCUGGUGCAGUUAUUGGGUGUGAUCGUGGAGGAAAGAGGCAGUUUGUUCAUCGUGACUGAAUACAUGGCGAAGGGCAGUCUGGUGGAUUACCUGCGCUCUCGGGGUCGAACGGUCCUGGGCGGCGAGUGUUUGCUCCAGUUCUCGCUUAACGUGUGUGAAGCCAUGGAGUAUCUGGAGGCCAAUAACUUUGUGCACCGAGAUCUGGCGGCUCGUAACGUCUUGGUGUCCGACGACAACAUCGCUAAAGUCAGCGACUUCGGUCUGACCAAAGAGGCCUCGUCCACUCAGGACACGGCAAAACUCCCGUCAAGUGGACCUCGCCCGAGGCCCUGCGCGAGAAGGUGUGUGAAGGUUUUCUACAAAUCUGACGUGUGGAGUUUCGGCGUUCCUGUGGGAGAUUUAUCGUUCGGGCGCCCGCUGAGGGAGGUGGUGCCGCGGGUGGAGAAGGGCUAUAAGAUGGAGGCUCCCGACAGCUGUCCUGCUGCGGUGUACGAGCUGAUGAAGCAGAGCUGGAGCCUGGACCCUGCAGGACGGCCCUCGUUCCUCAUGAUGAGGGAGAAGCUCCAGCACAUCAGAGCCGAGGAGCUGCACCUGUGA